UGUACCGGAUACGCACAACUUAGCACGGCAGAUAGGCAUGUCUCUUCGUAUAAUAUUUCCAUUGCAUUAUGCGACUCCGGCAUCGUAACUCAAUGGUACCGCUUCACCGGUUCGGCUGGUACCUCUAUGCCAGAAAGUUGCCCAGCCGAAUUCCAAUGUACAACACAUGCUCCUGGAUGGUUAAACGGAAUACACCCGACAGUUGCAGAGGGCGAAGUUACCAGAACUGUAUGCUAUCAUUAUAACGGCUCAUGUUGCUACUGGAGCAGUACCAUAAAACCACUUGGUUCAAGGCAAACAAACUCUCCUUAAACCUAAAGAAAACAAACUUUAUGUUAUUUAAGCCUAGACAUAAAAGGUAUCAUUUUCCAAUGCAAGUAUGCAUAACCGAACAGAGAAUCGAACAGGUUAAGGAAACGGUCUUCCUCGGAGUAGUCCUUGAUGAACAUCUGUCUUGGCAACCGCACAAUUCUCAAGUAGCUCAUUGUAUUUUGCUUUCGAUCCUGGCCUUACCGUUACUGUUAACUUUAUUUUUACUCUGAGGGAGCCCAAUGUCUAUAAGCCUCAUGGUUUCUGUUUGGGCUUCCUCGCCACUUUCAUUUACUUUUGUGUAACUGUCUUGUUUUAUCGUUAUUUGUAUUUUGUGGUAAAUCAAAUAAAGUUAAAGAAAGUUAAAGUUAAUUGUCAUUAUUAUCAUCAUCAUCAUAACUCUUAGCUAUAGCACAAUUACCCUCAACCACGAUGUUUUUAGUGAAAGCCUAUAUUGUACUAAGGGGAAACAGUAGAGAAAACUUUUUUAUCUUGGUAAAUCGUUUGCUCUAAUUUUUUUUAAAAUUACGAAAUCUUGAAUCGUGAAAAGCAGUCUGGAGAUUUGAGGUGACAAAGUUUAUUUUAGUUGUUUAGAAACUCGUUUCUGGAAUUGUCUUUAAUAAAGACGUUGCUAUACAUCACGUAGAAAUAUUUGCAUAUCAAAGAGAAGAUUUUCUUAAUGGUAAGUCUUAACCAAGUCUUUGAAAACUCUCUUUUGUUAAAAGACAAAAACAAAUAUGUUUGUAACCGAAGGAGGUUAAGGUUUUGGCUUUUAGAAACUAUUCUAAGAUUUAUCUCCGAUUAAAUUACUUUAAUUAUUUCAUUGUUUUGUAUUGACUCCAGGACGUCUCUGUCUCAAGGGAGAUGUUCAAAACAUUCUUUAAAAUAGCAUUCUUUAAUUUAAGGCGCUUGUUUUCUGUUCUAAAGGGAAAAUAAUAGAAGUCAUUAGAUAUAAGAAGAAUGCACCUGUUUUCAGAAAUACCUGAAAACAAGAAAAGUUCGCUGCUGAGAUUUUCUAAAAAAUAGAUAACACCGUACGUAGAUAAAAAAAAAAGUCUUCGUUUUCGUAAUUAUUGCACGGACGUAUGCAUUUGUAAGGGUGUCUUAAAGUUUUAAAGUUUGCUCCAGAUUUGAAAUUGUGGCCGGAUUGUAUUACAUGUUUGAAGGCCAUGAGGACAUCACUUGAUUGGGUAAGUUCGUUUAGGAUAUCUUUUAAUUCCCUUGAUAAAUCAGUUUCUUACUCCUCUAAAACCUGAAAUUAACGUGAUUUAAAUUAAAAUACCUUUUAUAAUGUUUCUGCCUUUAAACAACUGACUUUAUAUUUGACUUUAGGUUUUGCAAACGCUUUGGAUAGCUCUUGAGGUAUUCUUAAAUACGCAUGUGAAACAAACAGUGGGUAAGUUGGCGUUGAAAAUCCUAUUUUACAUUGAGUAAACGUAUUGUUUCCCUCCCCUUCUCCCAAUGACGGUUUUACGGGCUCGCUGGGCCGGCAAAACAAUCCUCUUCCAAAUUAACAUUGAAGAUGAAGGUUUCAACUUAGUAGGGACCUUACGAAGCUACGACGGCAACGGCAAAGGCAACGUCAAAAAGCAAUAGGUUUAGUUAGCAAAACAACAACUCUGAACGUGCAUCACGCUUUUUUUUUUACAUUUCUUUGCUGUUCCUGCACGACUACAACUCGAAAUGACCAAAUUAGGACGAGAACGACAAGGCGAUAAAUUCUACCAUCUCUGUCUGAACUCGGGUGCGGCCCACUCUCUUCAGCUCCAACAUAAAUUCCCGUCCCUUAAGUAACUGGGCGACUCAGGAUAAUCGUGAAAUGGUUUGAAAGGAUGCGGAGUCUAUUUUCAGCGAGAUUUCAUAGACGUCGCCGUUGUGGGAUCGUAAGGUCCCUUUUGGCAGCUGUGACAGAGACUUGGGUAUAAAAAGGCCCGAUUUUAUUAGGUGAAUCAUCCUCUGAAAUUAAGGUGACAUCGCUGCUUGAUUAAUUCGUUUUUUACGCCUUUUCUUUUUUGUGUACUUUAAAUUGAUUGUAGCUCAUCAUUCAGCUACUUGUAGUUUGGUAUUUUAGUUAAGUGUAUGGCUCUACUUUCGGGAGGGUUCAGGUUUCCUCCUUAGAUAAGGGGGAUUUUCCUGACGGGCAGCGUGCAUGAUUAUAUUUUUAUUAGGUUAUCAAUAAAAGAACUUUACUAUAGAGUUUGCCUUUGCAGUAUCUAAGUGUUUGUAUCUGUAUAAAUAAACAGGAACUGAUGCUUGCAUUACGCUGGGCUUCUAUCCAGUGCAGCAAUCAGUUUUCCUUUUUUUAUUGUCAGUUGCCGUUUCACCAAUAGGGAAUAGGGGAAACCUACCGAGAAUGUGUCUUUUCCUUUAACGAAUGGGGUCUGAAGUGCACUAGUUGACACCAAAUCAAUAAAAUUAUAUAGAUUAAAAAGUAUUAUGUAUAAAAAAAAGUUUCGAGAGGAUCGGAAUACAAUUAUAAGAGUAGGGUCCCUUGGGUAAUUAUACGCUCCAACAUGCAUAGUAUAUAGCGUUAAAUUCGCUGGCGAAGUGGAACAAGAUAGAAGUUAAGUAUAUCUUGAAGAAAAAAAAUCUUUUUUGGUUUCAGUCUCAGAUAUGAUGCUAAAUAACUGCGAAUGCCCCUUCAGUUGAUGGUGGGAUUUUAGCCCUGGGAAUCAUUUAACAUAAUUUAAACGAAAAAACGAUACAAGCGUAACAACAAUCCAAUAAUUCAAAACCAUAAUUUUUAUGAAUAGAACGCACUAGAAUAAAGCAGUUAAUGAAAUCUUAGAGGUCAUCAAAUCCUUUCGAAUGGAACCAGCAUUUUGCUUCUAGCAACCUGAAAAUUCCAGACCUGACUCUCUUCUCAGUAGCGUGGCUGUGAGAGCAGGGGGAGGAGAGAAAGCACCUGGGAACCAAGGGAAUGGGGAAAAAACUGGAAAAGAGGCCAACAUUGAACGAGAGAUGACGUUAACGUUAUUCUUUUUCAAUUGAGUCAAGUUCUAAUGUCACGAAUUGUAGCUAAAGGAAGAAUAACUUUACGUAUCUGUCUGUCUCUUUAAUUUAUUUACAUCUCAUUUCAGGUGUUCCAACAGAAUGUAACUCCUACAUCGAUCUUGAUGAGCCUGGCCGAUAUUGGAGCAAUAAUAGUGGCUCUUUAAUCUGCGACAGCGAUGACCCUAAAAUUGCCAACAAUCUGUGGUAUCGCUUUAUUGGAGGAGCUGGACGGAUGAUGGCGUCGUAUUGCAUUCCCAAAUCGAGUUGCAGUACCCAUAGAUCUUCUUGGGUAAAUGGUGAUCAUCCGACUAGUCUCUAUGCCACGGUGACAACAACUGUAUGCAUGCACUGGAGUUCAACCUGCUGCGAAAGAUCCUACCCCGUUAGCAUAACACGAUGUGAUGGCUACUACGUGUAUAAACUGCAAAGGCCCACAUCAUGUUAUGAGCGUUACUGUGGUGUUUUAGGUGAAUGUUCGAAAAAAAAAAAAAUACUUUUAUACCUGUAUUUCUUUUAAUGACGUGCAAGAAGAUUUGUCCUCCGUGCAAUCAACUAAGAGAGUUUCCCUUUUCAUGGGAUGGCACUCCAACCUACUUAUUUCGUGCUGCGUUAAACAAUGCCCAAGAAGUACAUUUGUUUUCGUCACUUUGGGCAGGCCCCAAAAUUGCUUUUUCCAUAUUUUCUCAUCUUUUUUUUCCUUUGUGACGCAGAUGCGAAUGAUGCGUGUUUUGGAACCGCAGGAUCAGACGUCUGUGCUUGUAAUCCGGGUUAUUCAGGAAAUCCUUGUUCCGGUAGGUUAAUACAAAUACUUACACUUAGAUUCGUAACGUCCUACUGUAUCUGUGUCAUGAACAGGAUACGGCCAUCAUCAUCAUCGUUAUCAUCAUUUUAUUUGAUAAAGCACGUUAAUAGGCGCACACAUGUGUUUUGACGUUGAUUCUUUAGGGUAACUGAUUAAAAGACCCUUCUUCUACUUUCUUUCUUUCUGAAAAUUCAUUCAGGAUAAUCAUUCAAAUCGUAUUAGUUCGUCAAUUCUUAAAUUGAAAUUUCCCUGUUCCAUCAUUAUCGUCUUGUGCAGCUAAUUCUAUUUGAAUGAACUGAAUUCUGUACAACUGCCAAGUGAAUCAACAUAGCUCCAGGAGUACUCCAAGUUAAUACAUCAGACUUUUUCGCUGGUUGANCCCCCCCCCCCCCCCCCUUUUUUUUCACUUAUCACAGGCACCCAAUUCAUUCUUUUUGCCCAAAAUUCUAUUGGACUAUAAUUAUUCAGGCUUCCCUGACUGGAUUUACACACGUUAUAACUUCGAUAGGCUCAACUUUUCCAUCAACGAGCACAAUGAUAAUAUAUAUAAAAAGAUAAUAGUGAUAAUGAUAAUAAUGACGAUAGUGACGAUGAUGAUGAUGAUGACGAUGAUGAUAACAAAGUUAAUUUCCAAUAAAAACUAAAGGCAGCAAAACUGUUUACAAAAUCAUCAAAAUAAUCAAUAAAACUACUUAUUUAAGAAGUGGACUUUUUAAUGUCCAUUAAAAGACUCAAAGCUUCACAUCUCUUUCGUAUGACUAUCCACAGAGGUCCAAAAAGGAAGUUACAAGCGAUUCUGACGAUUCACACUCGUACACUCGUAGCUCAUAAACAUCAUCAAAUAUCAGAAACCUUCACUUGCAAAACACUUGUGAGCAAUUACGCGAUCGCCUGCAAAUUGUUAAAUUCAACUUCGUAUUAGUACUUCGCUUCUUGAAUGGAUGAAUGGUCAGGAGCAGGAGUAUAAGUGUGAGUAAGGCGUCUCACCCGGCGUUAUAAGCUUUUAUUUAUUCUUUUUGACAGACGUAGACGAAUGCACGGUAGGUACCCAUGAUUGCCAUGCGUCAGCCUCUUGCACGAAUACCGCAGGUUCUUUUACUUGUUCCUGUAACCCUGGUUACACAGGCGACGGCAAAACCUGUAGCAACGGUAAGCUGUCUCCUUUCUCUUAAAAACCCUCUUAACCCACUAGGAAGAAAAACUGUCGGGAUUGCCUGUCUUGUAAAUCUAACUUUGUCUUCCUUAUAAAACUAUUGUCUAGUAAGUACACUUCGGUGAUCAAUGCUCAUAAAUGGGUAAAGAAAGGCCUGAAUAAAAAUGUAAUUGUCGAGGGACAUUGAUUUCACAGCUGCCAUAAGUCGCAAUAACAUAUCAUGAUGCCUUCAAAACCAACAAUACUGUAGUACACGAAAAGCCAUACCACCAAAUCUAUUCAUUCAUUGCCCGUCCUUAAGAUCCAAGGAUGGCAACGCCUAUUUCCCUGUCGUAAACGGUUGUUGCCAUUUUCAACGGUCGAUGCCACCAUUGAUAACCAAGUCUUUAGUUAUGGUAGAUAUAGAUGUAAUACACUGGAACUCUGCCUUACGGCCACCUCGUUAUUACGGUAAAUACGGUCACCCGUUAAUGCAGCCAUUUUUUUUGGCAUUGGUGAACGUACUAACGGGUUUCCACUGUAUAUUCCACUGGGUUAAGUUACAAUAAGGCAAAUAAUAUUUUUUGAAUAGCCUUAGAAAGAACAUAUGUGAUAGCCCAAGUUUGAAUUUACGCUGAAAGUUAUGGAAAGGGCUAGAGGGCCACCCAUUAUAGAUGUAUCAGUUUAAAAAGACGUACUUAAAACUGUUCGAAAUUUUGGCGGGUCGGUGUGGUAGUGUAGUGGUAAGGACGAGAGAUUAGCUUAUGGUCCGGGUUAGACCCAGGGUUGCGAUCUUCUUUUGUUUUCAUAGAAACUUCUCAAUAAAAGGUCCAAAAAAAUUGAAGUGUCUUUUAGAAGACAGCGAUAGUUUUACGAAAAGAAAACUUGAGACUGCGUUUGCGGCGAAAACGUUGUUGUUUUGCUAAUCUGUUAAAACAUAUUGCUUUUUCGACGUUCUUGUUGCUGUCGCCGUCGUCGAAUCUUUAUGUCCUCUAAUUUAUUAAAGGUGAAGAGUGCAGAAAUUUUAAUAAAUGUUACUAUUCCACUCAAAAGCCCGGCCCAGGCCGCAUGUGACAACUGUAGCCCUGUCAAUUUUUUUUGGCUUAUCGUCACUUACAACUCAAUUGCAGAAAAUCCAGCAUGUACCGGAUACGCACAACUUAGCACGGCAGAUAGGCAUGUCUCUUCGUAUAAUAUUUCCAUUGCAUUAUGCGACUCCGGCAUCGUAACUCAAUGGUAUCGCUUCACCGGUUCGGCUGGUACCUCUAUGCCAGAAAGUUGCCCAGCGGAAUUCCAAUGUACAACACAUGCUCCUGGAUGGUUAAACGGAAUACACCCGACAGUUGCAGAGGGCGAAGUUACCAGAACUGUAUGCUAUCAUUAUAACGGCUCAUGUUGCUACUGGAGCAGUACCAUAAAAGUCCUUAACUGUGGAGGAUUUUAUGUGUACGAGUUAAAACCUACAACGGGCUGUUCACUGAGAUACUGUGGUACAAAUGUGGGUGAGUGCAGCAGUUAAGUCGUAAGCACAAAAUUCAGCACAGCUGAAUCACCAGCGAUCUUUGUUAGCAUGCCAUUCGAGGCGGACAGGCUAAAAAUACCUGUUUUUUAUGGAAAUAUCUGAAUUUCGUAGCGCUGUCUCAUUUCCGCACCAGAGGCUGGUAAUUACGUCGAGGUAAAAUGAUUCAGUCAAACCCGUAUAGAUACUAAUUUAGGUGUAUCUCAGGCUUUAUUUGAGCCCCAAAAGAGACUUUAAGUUACAACAUGCAAGAAAUUCCUAUAACAAAUUAUGAGCAGUUGUUAUUUCAAUUGCGCGAAAAUACGGCGGCGUUUUUUUGUAUAUAUUUCAUUACACAGCCUCAAAAGGUGGCUUCAUUUGUUAAAAAAAAAUAAUAAUAAUAACAGGGUUUCUGCCGUAAACAGACUAAUUGCGACCAAAAUCUGCAAUUUACACCCCCGAGUAAGACAAAGAGCAUCUACAGCAUCAGGGCCAUUGUGGGUUAGGAAAACAUGGGCUCGAAUCUCAUUGAGGAUUUCUUUUUACAUGGGCUUGAAUUGCUUGUAUAACUAGGAUAAUCAUUUCCCUAUUUAAAUUAAUUUGACACCUCCAGUUUAACUAUGAUUUUUUUACACGCAUUACAUACAUCAUCUGGAAAUAAGAUCAUAGUAUCAUAGUUGUAAUUUGGCUACUUUUGACAGCUCCUAGUACAGAGCCACCUCCUGAAUGUCUCUCACAAGGAUACACCAUACUCAGUGAAGCUAAUAGAUACUGGAAUAACGAGGAUGGAGGCCCUUACUGUGAUCGAGAUCCUGGCAAUAUUGUUAGUAAUCAGUGGUACCGCUUUGAAGGGGCUGCUGGUGUCAGGAUGGCUUCCUACUGUAUCCCACAACAAAGCUGUAAUACCAAUAACGCUGGCUGGGUUAAUGGAGCUCAUCCCCAUGUCAAGUAUGAGAGAGCGUUCAGAGAUGUCUGUAUUCAUUCGGGUGAAAGUUGCUGUAGCCUUUCCUAUCCAACUGAGAUAAGAAACUGUAGCGGGUUUUACGUUUAUAAGUUGCAACAACCGAAUGGAUGCGCCCAACGCUACUGUGGUGUGAACGGUGAGACUUACUCUUAUUCUAGAGCAAAAUAGUUUAAAAUUUCACAAAGUCAGUUACAUCUUAAUUGGCGUUAUCUCUUCGGGCGAAAACUUUUUCAGUCAAUAUAUUUCUACCUGGAUUUAUGAAAACCGGGUUAGUAAACAUUUGGUAAUUUCUCUCAACUCCCCAUGUCUUAGCUUGUUUACUGUGAUGUUUGCUUAUGUCGCAUCUUUAUUUUGGUUGUUUCGUGGUUAGGGAUUUGUGAAGAUUUGGCUGUACACAGAAUUUUGGGAAAUUCGCGUUCUUUCUAACCACCCCCCCCCCUCUCCCUCCCUCCCUAGAGGGUGUGUUUCCGUCCCUUCCCAGAAUUCUCUGUUUAACACACGUGACAGUUAUUUAUUUGAAGCCAGUGCGCGCCUAAAGCUAGUUUUGGCGCCGUUUAGCAGUUUAUAUUUCGUUAUAGGUCACCUUGAGAAAAGUUUCCCGGAGAGCAUCAUGCAAAGCUCUCAGAUGGACAAAAUUAAUACGAUUCGCAGAGUCUACAUCGUCCAGUAUCGUAUCGUUUUCUGGUUUCAUUUGGCUAAACGGAUCAAUCACCCUAGCUUGUUCGCUUUUCUUGAGUGACACUAAUUAAGGUCUUUAGCCUCGGAAACAGGGUUCUGGUAGUCAAAUCUAUUAGGAAGUACUCUAGGAAGUAGGCGAGCAGUUGUUGGUUUUUAUUGAGAGGAGUAUGGUAAAAUAAAGAAAGUCAUCUAAUAAAGUUCGAACACCAGCUACAAUUCUAUAACAUCACUGUCACCCGAAAGAAACUUUAGUAGGAAUGAAAUUACUGACCUGACGUCAAAAAACCAAGUAAUUUUUAAAGGCUUAAAAUGACUUAAGUGAACUUCAGUAAGUAAACGUCUUUUUUUUUUCGUUUCUUACAGUGCUUUUGUAAUUGAAUUUCGUUUUUUUUCCCAUGACCAGACGAGAACGAUGCGUGUGUUGCUAGUCCUAGCUCGCCAACGUGUGGCUGCCUGGUGGGUUAUACCGGAAUCCCUUGCACCGGUGAGUUACAUUGCAGAAUCUGAUAUAUCAAGAGAACCUGUAGUGAGUGAUCCCCCAUCUUUUAACGCUUACUUACUCAGCUAUCUGAAAUCUUUUCUCGUAAUUAUAUGUGACCCUCCACAGGAUUUUAAUGCUAAAGGUGAAAGCACGCGCACGACACGCUUUCACUUUAAAACAAAAGAAUUUAUUUUAACACGCUUUAGCACGCUUGCAAUCUUGCCUCAUUAGCAAUUUCUUUUGUUUCAGAGGACACGCUUGAGACAAUUAGGCGUGAGCAAGUCGAACAAAAGAGCGUGUUAAAGUUUUCAAACAAAAGCUCCGUGCGAAAAAGCACAACACGCUUUCAGUGUGCACAAAAGCACGCAAGGCGUGUUAUCUAUAAGCUAAAUAAAUUUCCUCUACAAAAAGGAACCGUAAAUGAUUAUGAACGGUGCCCUUUUUUGGUAACUAUCGAGAUGGUGUGUCCUACUGGAUUUAUGGGUAGAACUAUAUUAGCAUUGCAAAAUCAAAGUUCUUUCCAGAAAUGUUUACUGACAAAGCUGUGCUAAGGUUAUCUUAACUUUCCUUAAUUUAAAACACAUUUGCAGUUUUCUCAGAAACAGUGAUCUUUCGGACUUAAGACACUUUCUUGCCGAUCGCAGCAAUCGCGAUCAAAUAUAAUAGAAAUCAUCAAGUGCUUUCCCCUUGCCAAAUUGUAAAAUCUCUUUUCAUUUUUCAGUUUCUAUCUAUUAUUUAGUUAAUGUCUUUCGUAUUGUCGUUUUAAAAAAAACACAUAAGAACUUACAGCGCUCCCAAAUUUUAUUUACAAGGUACAAUGCAAUCUUAUCAUGUUAACAUAUAAUGCUUUUGUAAAAAAAUGUGAAAUAUUUGACACACUUAAUAUUUCAGUAAAACUUGUAUACAGGCACUUAAAAUUGCUAUUCUAGGACUGGUGGGGCCACUAAAUUUUCUGUUCCGUCUCGACAGAAUUCUCUUAUUUCCUUAAACAGGUAGUGAGCACGUUCUCGGCUGAUCCCGCUUGGGGUGAUUAUGGGUGGAAGCUGUCCGCCUCCAGGGAAUCUUGCAUCGUUUCUUAAAAUGUUUAUUGCUAUUUCUUCAGAGUUCCAGUACUUCUUGCAGAAAAUAGUUCCCGGAAAGUCUUUGUGGAAACGAAAAUGAUGAUAUGAUUUGAUCUUAGGGAGUUUCUUAAAAAACUGUGAAAGAUAUUUCGUCCAGUCAAAUGGCCACGGUUACUAUCAAAUUCCAAAACAGUCUCAAUUGGUAUAUUUGAUUCACUUCGACCAGUUAUCAAUGCUGAUUAAAUCCGCUGAAAACCCAAGCCAUUUUUAUCAUCUUAGCGGUUUUAGUAAUCAAGCGUGUUCAGCGUGUCUUACCCAAAUUGCACGCUAACCGUGCUAUAAUUCGCACACUUACCGUGACAUAUGGCACGCUACAAAAAAACAAAAGGUCUACCGUGUUCAAUUUGCCAAAACAAAAGCAAGUGUGUCCGUCUUUGUUUUUUCAAUUUAAUAUGCGCAUAUCCGUGAUCUACGGCACGCUAAGCGUGUCGUGCAAGCGUACUAGGUCGUGCGCGUGCUUUCACCUUUAGCAUCAAAUUCCUGUGGAGGGUCACAUAUGAUGGCUCUUAGGUGGAACAAAACACUUACCAGAGUCCAGAACACUACACAGAAUCUAAAACACAUCUACGAAUACAAGCUACGUCCCAGAAUCCAAAACACGUCCACACUUCCCAGAAACCACACCUGGGACGUGUUUUGGAUUCUGGGACGUGACACCGUAAAAUAACCUCUACAAAGCGAAGCCGUCGUUUGUCGUACUUCUUGUAGUCUUCGUCUCCUUUAAAUGAUCACGGCUUUUUUCACCCCCGCGAGGAACCACAUACACUUUGCACGAGUGAUGAGUACUUGCCUACAAAAAGACACAAUCAUUCGCGGGCUAUUCGUCGUCUGAAGGAUGCUUCUUCAAAUAGCACUUUUCCAGGAGCCCAUCAAAUGGGCUCCUGCCUUUUCUUAAUUUUCUCUUCUCAAAUGGUCAAGAGGUCAGUUGGUCAUCCCAUGUUUUUUGCAUCGCCCAAUCAACGGCAUCAAAGAAAAUACCAGAUCGGUUAGGACUUCGUACGACAAACAUUCCAGGCUACUUCUACAUAAUCUUACACAAUGCUUUCAAGCUUCCGCUUUCCUUUCUGCUCUUGUGCAGACACAGUUUGCAACCCUUAAAGAAACUUUAUGUUUCUGAUCUGUUUUUGAAUAAUGUUUCUUUCCUUUUUUUCAACAGAUAUUGACGAAUGCCUUGAUACUUCUCACAAUUGUCACUUGUCAGCGAAUUGUACCAACAACGCGGGCUCCUUUUCUUGCUCAUGUCUCACGGGAUACACUGGGGAUGGCAUAUCUUGCAGUGGUAAAUAUACUCUUGAAAUUUUUACCAUUUCCAUGCCCAUCAGCCAAACGGACUCCAUAUUUCGGAUCUUUUUUGCAGACAGGAAAUAUAUUUCUUGUAAAGAUUAUGCGCUUACAACGGUACACUUCUUUUCAACGCGAAAAAUAUUGCUUUUCAGGUAGUGACUACUUGGCGGUUAUGUUAUCUUUUAUGACUUCUCUCAUCUUUUCCCAUUUUUUGUUACUUACACUUCACAAUUUAAUGGCAUGGCGACUAUUGUGUUGUAUAUAGAGACAAUAGCAUUUUUAGCCAACAGACGCCCUGAAUAGUACGGGUCCCCGACCUUGUUCUAGCUAUAUUGCAACCUUGUUUAUAAGCGGUAGAUUCAUCGUCGUCGAGGCAGGCAUGUUUGAGCUACAGUUUUUUAAUAUGGAUUUUUCUCGAUUUCUGUGUGCGAUUACAGAUAUUGAUGAAUGCACGGCCGAAAACCAUGACUGUCACCUAAAUGCAGUGUGUAGCAACAUACAAGGCUCAUUUUCGUGUAACUGUAUCCAGGGGUACACAGGGGAUGGAAAGCAGUGUGCUGGUAUGUUUCUAUUCUAG